UUGGGACGUACGUUGUCUUGUGAAGUCCAUCAUUCGCAUGGGAACCUUGUCUUCCUCCUCAACUUCUAUGGCUGUUUUCUCUUCCCAAGCCAUGCUGAUGCUGACACUCAAACAAUUCCCUACUCUUCUCCCAUGAACCAAAUUCAAGCUCUGCAAUUUGGGUUCAAGAAUUUCCUCAAAGUAGUUCCUUGGAUUUUGAGACCUGGGCCACUGGUUUCUUUGAGAUUAAGUGCGAGUUCAAUGAGUUCUAAACGAACCAUUUCGAGUUCUUCAAAACCCAUUUCGGCAAUGGCUGAAGAGAAGACUGAGGGUAAAAGAUUGAAGGCUUUAGUGGAUAGUACACCAGAUUGUGUGAAGCCUGUUCUCAAGGAAAAUGGGAUGGAGAGCGUUUCAGUUGGAAUUGCAAGUUUUAAGGAUAACCCUGAAACAAUAGAGAAAAUGACUGUUCAGGAGCUUAGAACAACAUUGAGGAGCAAUGGGCUUUCUGCUAAAGGUCGUAAAUCUGAGCUCGUAUCUGCCUUGAAGUUGUUUGUGGAGAAGAUAAAUGGUGAAAGUUCUCAGAAAGAAGAAGAGGCUGAAUGUUUACAUGAAGAAAACCAGGUUCAAAAUGUUAGUAUUGUUUCAGAGGUCCACGAACUUAGAAAAAGUAAUAGAGCUUCAAAACAAUCAGGAGUUGAGGCCAAUGCUGUCCAGUUUGAUCUUAUAGCUGUUACAACAAAGCAGAACUCUUCAGUCGAAUCUGUUGAGGUUUCAGGUGGAAAGCUCUCUAAGAAAAAGAGAACUAUGUCUUCAGAAACUAUUUCUGCUAAAGCUGAUCGCAAAGACGAAACGUCCAUGAUGCAAAAUGAGCCAUGGACAAUGCUUGCACACAAGAAGCCUCAGAAAGAUUGGAUUCCCUAUAAUCCUAGAACCAUGAGGCCUCCUUUUAUUUCUAGCGAUACGAAGUCUGUGAAGCUUCUGUCUUGGAAUGUCAACGGAUUAAGAGCAUUGUUAAAGUUAGAUGGGUUUUCAGCACUGGAACUUGCUCAAAGGGAGGAUUUUGAUAUAUUAUGCUUGCAGGAGACCAAACUACAGGAAAAGGAUGUUGAAAAGAUUGCUUGUUUGAUAGACGGUUAUCAUAAUAGCUUCUGGACGUGUAGUACUUCAAAGCUUGGUUAUUCUGGAGCUGCGAUUAUUUCCCGGAUAAAGCCACUUUCUGUCAAAUAUGGGCUUGGUAUGGAAGAUCAUGAUAGCGAGGGCCGAUUAGUGACAGCUGAAUUUGAUUCAUUUUAUCUAGUUUGUGGAUAUGUUCCUAAUUCUGGAGAUGGCUUGAAAAGACUGUCAUACAGGACCACAGAAUGGGAUCCAUCCCUCAGCAAUUACAUAAAAGAGCUGGAAAAGUCUAAGCCUGUAAUUUUAACUGGUGAUCUGAACUGUGCUCAUCAAGAAAUAGACAUAUAUAAUCCUGCAGGAAAUAAAAGAAGUGCUGGCUUUACGAUCGAAGAAAGGCAAUCAUUUGAGACAAACUUUUUAUCUAAAGGCUUUGUGGAUACCUUCAGAAGACAACACCCUGGUGUUGUCGGCUAUACUUACUGGGGUUUUAGGCACGGCGGACGCAAAACUAACAAAGGGUGGCGACUUGACUACUUCCUCGUCUCAGAAUCCAUAGCUGACCAGGUUCACGAUUCGUACAUUCUCCCUGACGUGCAUGGUAGUGAUCAUUGUCCCAUUGGUCUUGUUCUAAAGUUGUAGCAUGGAAAAGCAUCAACACUGAUACUCGAAAUUACGAUUCCCUUUUUUGGGUGAUAAUUAGGAUAUCUUCAGGGCCAAACCUCCUUAUUUCCUGGAUGUUUUGUUGUGUAUCACCUUGAGAAACUUUCUCAGCUGUGAAAACUGAAAAAGGCAAGCACUUUACAGGGUCCCUUUUUGUAGAUUUAACUUAGCCAAAAGCAUAUUGCCUUUGUUA